AUGACGGAACAGUUCAUCCACGACGUAAUCAUCAUCGGCGCCGGCCCUUGUGGCCUGGCCGUGGCUUCCCGACUGUGCGAGCACUCGCCCUCGGCCCUCUUCACAGACGAGGAGCACCAGCGAUACCACUGGAUCCGCAAGUACGGCCGUCGCAUGACGUUGAAGAACAGAAAGAAUGGCAGCAUUAUCGAGAAGAGAACGCCCAGCCAGGGCCAACGCUACUCGACGCUGGUGUUGGACGCCACCGGAGACGAGUGGUUGAACCGCUGGAACCGUCUCUUCAAGACUUUCGACAUCACUCACCUCCGAAGUCCCAUGUUCUUCCACGUGGACCCCAGCGAUCGCGACGCCUUGCUGGCUAGAGCCUACGAGCGGAAACAGGAGCAUGAGCUCCAAGAGCUGAGGGCCUGCGUUGGCAAGGAAAUCAGUAAACACCUGCGCAAGGCGAGACUCAAGUCGCGGAACCCAAAACAGCAUGUCGUCGUAGAAGUAGACGAGCGGGACCGGAAAGACUACUUCACACCACCAACGACACUCUUUGCGAACCACUGCGAAUGCAUAGUCGACAGAUACGGCCUUCGGGAAGGCCUCAUCCAGAACGAGAAGGUCGAGGACAUCGAGUACCGCGUCAUCAAAGAUGUAUUGCCCGACUCAAAGCUAUUUGCGGUCCACUCGAACAAAACCACCCACUACGCGCGGGCCGUCGUGCUCGCCGUGGGCCCGGCCAACGCGCCCACGAUCCCUCCCGUCCUGGGCCUCGCCAGCGAGCCCGGCGGCACGCCCCCCCCACAGGUCUGCCACAGCAUGCAGAUCCAGAAGUUCCCGGACCCGGUCGUCCAGGCCAAGAUCGCCGCGCGCAAGACGACCAACGUGCUUGUCGUCGGCGGCGGCCUCACCUCGGCGCAGCUCUCGGACCUCGCCCUCCGCCGCGGCGUGACCAAGGUGUGGCACCUCAUGCGCGGCCCUUGCCGGGUGAAGCCAUUCGACAUCGACCUCGCGUGGAUGGGCAAGUUCCGCAACGUCGAGCAGGCCUACUUCUGGUCGGCCGACUCGGACGAGGAGCGCCUCCGGCAGAUCCAGAGCGCCCGCGGCGGCGGCAGCAUCACACCGCCGUACCAGAAGCGGCUGAAGCAGCACGUCGCGCGCGGCGCGCUGGAGCUGCGGACGAACACGAGGCUCGCCGAGGCGCGCUACGACGGGGAGAGGAGGGUCUGGGACGUCAAGACGGAGCCGGCCGGGGAGCCGAUGCCGGGGAUGGACUACAUCUACUUCGCGACGGGCGUGCAGACCGACUACGCGAAGCUGCCGUACCUGCAGACGAUCCUGAGGGACUACCCCCUCCACGGGCACGGCGGGAUGCCGUGCAUCAACGACGACCUGAUGUGGUCGCAGGACGUGCCGCUCUUCGUCACGGGGCGCAUGGCGGCUCUCAGGCUGGGUCCCGGGGCGCCCAACCUGGCGGGGGCGAGGGCGGGUGCCGAGAGGAUCGCGUGGGCCAUCGAGGAUCUGCUGCCGGACAGGACCGGCGACUCGUUUGGAGAUCAUCGCAUGGAUGAGGAGAUGAAGUUCGUCACGGGGAGAGGGAACCGGUUUGAUAGCUUGGUGACGGCCGGGGGCGAGGACUCAUAG